AUGUACAACGCCUACAUGCUGGCUUCCUGCUGCCUGCUGAUCCUGGCGAUGUACCUUGAUAUCUUCGGUUUCUCAGUCGCCCUACCAGCCGUCGCAUGCGACUUGGAGCUUACUGUUACACAGCAGGGUCUACUGUCCGCCGUACCUCUUAUUGGUGUAAUGUUGUCAUCGUACGCUUGGGGUCUCUUCGCUGACACCAUCGGAAGGCGAGUUACGCUGUUGCUGGCAAUGCCUCUUGGAGCUGUUCUCAGCCUCGCCGCCAGCGUGGCACCCACGUACACAAGCCUGGCCGCGUUAAAAUUCCUCUCUGCCGGAUUUUCCUCUGCAGCAAACGCGGCUGCGUUCGUCCUUGUCGGUGAAACGACUCCGGGGCGGCACCGAAGCCGCUUCAUAUUCCUCAUGGCCACCACCACCAUGUUUGCUCAGCUCCUGAUAUCGCUGGUGGCCCUGCCGGUCUUCGAAUUGACCUUCGAUGUGCACAUAUCCUGGAUGUCACUGCACUACCGGCCGUGGCGGCUGCUCCUGCAGAUCAUCGCGCUACCGGGCAUCGUCGGCGUGGUGGGCAUGGUCUUCCUGCACGAAAGCCCCAAGUUCCUGCUCAGCAAGGGCCGGAACGAAGACGCUCUGAGGGUCCUUGAGAAAAUCAGCCACCACAACAGCAAAGAACAGUUUCGCGUCUCAUCGGUAUAUUUGGAAGAGACGACAGUUCCAGUCAACCCUGACACCUCGUUCAUGCGCAAAAUGUGGAACCAAACAGCACCCUUGUUCAAGCCCCCUCUACUCAGGAAUUCUUUGAUACUUUACUUCUUACUGCUUUGCGCUUACAUGACAGCAACGGGUUUCACAAUGUGGGUGGCGACGGUGACCAACGCCUACUUCAACGGGGAGGAUAGCGCGGGAAAGACCUUCUGCGAAGUUGCCAGCACCGCUUCUUCCACGAGCACGUUAGCCACAGACUGCAACACUGCUAUAAAGCCAUUCACAUUAUACGCUGUGGCAUGUUAUUCCGGAAUUUCGGGAUCCCUCAACACGAUACUCUCAUUCGUAGUGGGUCCCGUUGGAAAAAAGAAAAUAACCAUUACGAUAUUCUGUGUGUCUGCGGCCAGCGGCAUAGCUCUGAUCUUCGUCAGAAUCCCACUCCUUAGUAUUGUGCUAUUCUUCUUUUAUAACUACGUGGCACUUAUUUUGGGCACAGUUAACACAUAUCUAGUGGAAUUGAACCCUACUUAUUUAAGAGGUAUGGCAACAUGUCUAUCCGUGGUGGUCGCCCGAGGCUUUGGAUUCUUGAGUGUUCAAGUGAUUGGCAGCCUCCUAUCUGAUCAUUGCACGCCUAUGCUGAGUGGAUAUAUUGCAUUAGUCAUAAUUGGAUUAGCAGUAACUUUCUUCUUACCGCCAGAUUCAAAAAAUGAUAAAUAUCACGAAGAGAAGAACGAAACCGAAAUUACACGCUGC